CUCAGCAAGCUUCUCUUAUUCUUUCUUUUUGACAUCUUUAUAUAAAAUGGCACAAGUAGUCGCAUCGUUGAAACGGCGCCUUGAAACCAUACUUGAAGACUUUAAACGAGCACGCGCAACUUGGCAUGAAAUCAGUACAGACGGAUUUUCCACGGCGAACGCUUUAGUCAAUGCAACGAUCCAGUCCAGAUACGUUGAUGAGCCAGCAUACUGGCAUCCAGCUUUAUUACAAGAAUUCCCUAACGUUGUCCACGCGUAUCAUAAGAAAAUGGAGUGGAUCAUCAAACAAAAUCAUGAAAAACUAAGUACUAUCGCGCUGAAGAUGGGGAAACAACACGAAAAAAUGAAGCAACAGGUUGCAGAAGUACAAGCAAUAUCGAAGCGUUUAUGUGAUCUUCAAGGAGAAACCUUUGUACAAUCCGUACCUCUCUACAAAACUUGCCCAAUGAUCAUUUAUGUGAAUAGGAUAACAUCGAUCGUUGCCAUGUAUGCAAGUGCUAUGAAAACAGUGGAUACGUUGCUCGGUGAAAAAGGAAUGUCGAAUGUGAGAAGUCGCCAAGAAGGUUUGGCGUUACUAUCAACGUGGAUCAAUCAUCCAAGUAUAAAUGACAGUGUUAUAUCAGAAUUUGAUGACCUCUGCCGGAUAGAGAUUUACGAUACAUAAUGGCCGUCAUCAACUGUAUAGACACCUCUCCAAGUAAAUAUCUAACGCACUUUAAUGCCACUGUACAUACCUUGUUUUAUUUCCUUUGAGAAUGCAAAUGUUUAUUAUGUCGAACAAUAAAAGUAAGAAAAAG